UCGUUGUAGCAACAACAACUUUACUCUUGAAGUGAACAUGUGAAGCGGCCUAGGCAUUCGCAUUCUAGAAGCAUUUUUUUGUCACUUUAAAUUCAACUAUGAGAGGUGGACGGCCCAACAGAGCCCUCAGGAAGGCAAGAAUAUUUGAACUUGCAAAGGGGUUCUUUGGGAAAAGAAAAAACUGUUAUAGCAUUGCUGUACGGGCUGUGCAUAAAAAGUUGCAAUACCAGUAUGUGAGCAGAAGAUUGAAGAAAAGAGACAUGAGAAAGUUAUGGAUCACUAGAAUAAACAUAGCAGCAAGGGAGCACAACAUAGGCUACUCAUACUUUGCAGCAGUCAUGGCAAGGGAAGAUAUUCUUCUUAACCGGAAGGUACUCUCAGAAUUAUCCAUUCACGAGCCAAGAAGUUUUCAAUCGAUUGCAGAACUGGCAAAAAGAAGAGUUGAAGAUGGAUUAUUAGCUGCAAUCAUGUAGUGGAACUCAAUCUUAGUGUAAGUGUGUAUAUUCAGUUUGUUUUUUAAUAUCAAGUAGCAUGUCUUUCUGUAAAUUGAAUUCUUUACUAUGAAUCAACACAAA